UCCACUCUGCUGUUACUCUCCUUAUUCAGGCCGUUGUGUUACAUUAGACCGGAUACACUAUUGAUCCCCAUCUUGCUGCUGCAGAGAGGCCGGCAGCCUCCAGGGAGUGUACUGUAUAUGUGAGCGCUUUGUCCUUUCAUUGUCCUCAUAUCCUCUCCCUUCACUCUUCUUUCACCCCUAGAUAUGUCCCCUGAUCUACUUCUCUUAUUUCCCCCCCUCCCUUCCUCUCUUUUUCUGAGCAUCCCUCUAUCUCUUCUCUCUCUCCCUGUCCAUAUGUUUGGCUUAACCUCUUUCGGCGCCCCGAAUAAGGCGUCUGCCCCGCACUAAAAGCCGGGGGAAGGAGUGGGGCUCGCAGAAUGCAAGAGUUGAAAUACUUCAGGGACGGAGCUACGUUGGUGAUAUCGUUGGACGGUUUGAAUUGGAUUUCCAAAAGGAGGUGCAGUGACAAAGGAAUGGAGAAAAGGAAUGAAGAGCUCCAGCCGCGGAUAUCCUCCGGUGAGAUGAUCCAGGCCGACGAAGAGCUGCAGGUCAUCACCUGCAUCCUUGAUCAGAGGGGAAGUGCAGCGUCUCCGUUCUGGGGAAACGCUGACUGCAGAUCAGGCAUUGCAGCGCGGCCUUCACCUUCCUCCACGACCCCUCCCCGGUGUUGUCUUCCAGAGGAGCCGCAUCGCUCCACGCUCUCUUCUGCAGCUUCUUCCCUCUCAGGGCGUCCACCGGAGGCCCCGUGGACAAGAGUUGUUUUCAACGCGCGAGACAUUUUUAGUUUGAUAAAAAAUAAUUCAAACAUCGUGACCCUGCAGCCGGACAGCGUUACAAUGGAUCGCCAUGACAGGUUGAUCAUUUUCUGUGAUGAGGACUUACCGCUGCAACGCUUUGGGGACAUUUGCUACACUGAGGAUUGUAGAACGUCUACUGGUUGGCACAUCGAUGAUAACAAUGCUUUGAGCGCUGCCAACAGUCCAAACACAAACAACGCUAACGGGAAUCAACUUGCUAUCAGAGACAAUUUUAACAACCUUAGUCGUCUGAAAUCCUGUCCCAGCUACGAUCCAGGAGUGUUGUCUGGGAGUGACCCCAAAGGAAAAAAGAGGAAGAGUGUGUCCUUCGAGGAUGACGUCAUGGUCUACCUGUUUGAUCAGGUACUGUUUCCCUGUUACACUUGGAGAGUCCCACCUUGGAGCUGCACUCUGAGGCCGACACCUCUCUGCCAGAUGUCCCAUUAGAAGACAGUGGUACUAUUUUAAAAGACGAUACCAGUGAUUUUGCAUGUGCGACCACUUUGCACUAUUGGAAAGCAACAAAUAGCAUUUACUCAAGUAAAGGUUUGAUUUAGGUUGAAAGUAUUUCCAUCUUGUACCACUUUAUAGUCAGUAAAAGUGACUUUUUACUGGACAAUAUUGAUCUCACAGCUAUAGUGACCAGUUGCCUUAGAACUCAAGUUCUUACAAGCAUGAUAUAUAUGAUGAGCUCAUAAAAUAUGAUGCCUCCUUAUAGAUUAAACCAUCCCACAGUGUCUAACAUCGUUUCAAUUAGCUCCACAUCGACCAGCAACAACAGUAAAAUGCUCCUUAAAAAAUAAUUUCAGAAAUUAAUGAUUUAUUGAUACAAUAAUUGAACUUGUAACAGGGACCACAGUGUGUUAUUGCAACUUUUACUUUUACUGAAUAUAGUAUACCAUUUAUUGAACUAUAUAUUUUCUGAAAAUGAAUACAUUUGUAAUUUACUGAUAAAUAAAGGUGUUAUCUUGGUAAAAAUCUAUUGUGGUGUUACAAUGUGGAUUUCUUUCAUUGAAUUAUGUUACUAACUACUUAAAUCUAUAAGAUGCCUCUGACAAUGUUACAAGAUCAGGGCGGGACACUAAAAGUUAACACUGUAUGUAAAUCCUGCUGAUCCCAGAUGCUGCAGGGUAUUGGCACUUUGUUGUCACUAAUUGUGUGUUUUGCCUGCAGGCUUGGAGUGGGAAGAUGACUUUUCAGCUUUGGAGAAGAACUGCCAUUUUCAGUGUGUCACACACUCUCAGCAACACACACACAGCGCUGCUCUGUCCCGGCGCUUCUUUCUGUCCCAAAGCUGCCUGUUCCUCACCCAUGUCACUGAGUCAGACCUUGAGCUGUGAGAUAAAGUGUUAUUUACACACGCACACAUGCACACACGCACACAUGCACACAUACACACUCAUUCAGAUGUAGGUGCUGAUUUUUAUGACACAGUGGCGGUCAAACGCAGCCUUUCCACCACAUGGUCUGCUGUCAGCCAAAGGCCACCCCACUGUCACCAUGGCCCACUGUGACAUCCACACUUGUUUUUCUUUCAAACAGCCAGCCUUGGCCUCAUGGAAAAACUGACUAAUCGACCAGAUCUCAUCCUCUUCACCUUUAACUCAUCUCCCCACAUCCCUCCUUUUUUAUGAUGAGUCACGGAUUUUAAUGGCUUUUUCUCCCUCUCUCUCUCUCUCUCUCUCUGCUCCAAAUGGAUUCAAAGCACCUGUCGUUCAUGACAUCACAGCCACGCAGGGCAUUCAGCUUUCACAGUUGUUGGUAUGACACGAUCAAAGGCCGUGAUAUGUUGCAUAACAGUGAUGGUACCAUUUGCAAACCUGUCUGGAAGCUGCUUUUCAUGCCAGAUUGUGUCCUUGGACCUAAGCUGUAAAAAUAUAAACAUACAGAUGUUAUCAAUACUAGUAAAUUCAACUUAAUAAAUUGUCAUCUGUGUCUGGAA